ACCACCAUCAGCGAAAAGAAGUUCAUUUUGAGAUUUUGUUCCCUCAUCUGCUACAUCUUACAGGCAUGUGAUCUGUGAUUGUCGAAAAUUAUGCUGCAUCUGCAAAAUUAAACAGGAAUUAUCUUUAAAUGGUCAGACAAACUUCAGUAACCAUAUUCAAGUAGCCAUUUCAUCUGAUUAAGCACAGAAACAUGCAGAUGCUUCACCUACCAGCUGCGUUUCUUAUAAUGGUUGUUUUCAGCAGUCAGCUGACUUCACUAGCAACAGUGUCUGUGAUAUACUCGCGUGAACCGCUGACGAAGACUGAAGGUCUUUCAUUGUCUCUCAAGUGCACGGUGGAGUUUAAGACAAAGGAUUGUGACAUUGAAGCCAAAUGGUGGUAUACAAACAGCAGUAAGCUUUUUCCCCUUGUGGAUCCUAACAGUUACCUGAUCACAGUAAAUGAAACAGAAAGAGCUGAGCACAGGCUACGGAACAUUUUCCUGACAAUAAGUUCCUUAAAACUUCAAGACAGUGGCUUCUACCAGUGUGAUGCCACAUGUCUCAACAGUGGGACUCAAGCAAAAGGCCAUUUUGUGCAUCUCAACGUCACAGCUGAGCCAAACAAAGGUCUGAAGUUCUCAGCAUGGAGCGGCCAUUUAAAGACAGACGCCACUGCACUAGCACUCAGCGCCAUAUUAUUGUUAUUAUGGUGUUAUUAAAUGACAUUGUGUUUUCCAGUGUAGUUGAUCCGAAGUCUUGAAACAAGUUCUUAGAAUGUGACAGCAAAAGUUGUUAUAGAGUUGGAUACCUGAUGAUUCUUUUGUUUUUAAUUGUUGCCAAAAAUUGUUGCACUGCUGUACAAAAUUGAUUUUUAUUACUGUUUUAUUUUUUUUGUGAAAGGGAUGAUGCCUUGCACAGUCUGUAUGUUAAAUGAUCUGUUGUGCUACAUUCAUUUUAACUGCAGUGGAACAUUUCAGUGCUGUGGUCCAGGCUUGUAGCUAAAACUGAAACCAAACUCAUCAUGUGAAGCGGAAGACAUAUGCAGGAACAAAGCUAUGUGCACAGUGAAGACACAAGCAGCGUAAUGCAAUUUUUUAAACAAUGUGAUACAGAUCCCUUUGCAACUGUAAAUAAGUAUUACCAAAAGGGGCUGCAUGCUAAUUUGCAUUCCAAUGCCACAUCAUAAAAGUAUGUACUGCACUGGUAUGCAAAUAAGCAUAAUUACACCAGUAUUAGGACGUACAGUUUACCUCAAAGCAUCUGGUACAUUUUUUGAGGAAGGGUUUUGUCCGAUCUCUGGAGAUAAAUACUGCCAUCUACUGGAUAUCAGAUGUCUUACAGAAUUCACUUGAAAACAUAUAAUAUUUCUCUCCUGUCUGUGAUGUAUUCAACUCAUGAGCCAAGCAAUUAAAUGUUUUUCUUUUGUGGCUAAUAAUAAACCUUCUAAGGUUG